AUGUAUGUAUUGCUGCAAAUAUUGAUGAUUUCGACCGCGUCAUUACCGUCUCCCGGACCACGCAUCGUGCUGGAACAGCGGGCGCUAAAGCUCGUAGGCGUAUACAUUCUUGUACAGGAGAAUAAUGAGAUUCCUCGGAAACUUGAGGUGAACUUGGCGUGUGCCCUUCGGACCGCUGAAAUUCGCAAAGUAUCUUCAGUUCACUGUGCGCUAAGGGUGAGCCACUCGGGCAGAGAACACCGAGAAGAAGACCCGAAGCAUGUUAGAUUGCACCAUGGAUUGAAAAGUCACUUCAUUUACAAUGAGACUGAGGGUUUAUGUGUCAACACUGCAGAGUCCUCAAUCAGGACCAGAUUCAGUUUUUCUUCUAGGUACUAUGAGACAGAAUCACGAAUGUUACUCCAGGCCAAUAAGAAUGGAUAUCAAGCAUGGCUAGUUGAACUUGAAGCUCGACUGCUUAGAUUCUUUAUGUCCACUCUAGUUAGACUGAUACGCUUCGGAGUCAACACUGGGCUCAUACUUCAGGUCAAUCACAAUGCAGUAUGA